AUGAAAACUAAAAAUAUUCAAAAACCAUUACCACAAAAAAGAACAUCAUAUUUUUAUUGUAUAAAUAUAAAGAAUUUAACAACAAAUGUAGAUAAAAUUAUAACAAUAUAUCCACAAAAUUGUGAUUGUACUUGUAAUUGUUCAUUCCCUUUCUCUCAAACUAGAAAAUUACAACAACAACAACAACAACAACAACAACAACAACAACAACAACAACAACAAAAUACUACAACAAAAACAACAACAAGAUCAACAUCAAAAUCGACAUCAACAUCAACAUCAGCAACAACACCAAUAUUUCAAUUAGAAGGUAGUGGUGAAUGUACAUGUAGUUGUAAUUGUGAAAAUAAUAAUAAUAAUCAAAUAAUAACAGGUAAAAAUAAUAAUGAAUUAAUAUUUAAAUAUUUUAAAUUUAAAUGUUGUUUAUGUCUAUGCCAUAAUAGAGAAUUUUAUUUAAAAAUUAUUCAAUUAAAAUCAUCAACUACAUUAUUAGAUAAAUGUUUUAUUGAAGAGUAUAAUACUUUUACAAAAGUAGUAACUUCAAAUAGUAAUAAUAAUAAUAAUGAUGAGGAAGAAGAAAAAGAAGAAGAAGAAGAAGAAGAAGAUAUAAGAAUUUAUUUUAAUAAUUUAAAUAAUAAUGAAUUUAUUAUUAAUGAUUAUAGUAGUGAAAUAUUUUUAAGUAUACAACAAAAUAAUAAAAUUAUAAAAUAUCAUUUAUGUAUUGACGAAUUACCAUUGAAUAAAUUUAAGAAUUUUCAAUUUUAUAAGAAUAAAUUAAGUUCUAAACCAGAUGGUGAUCGUAUUGAUGCAAUUCAUGCAGAAUGGUAUAACAAUUUAAAUAAAUUAGAAUAUCAUCAUGGUUAUGUUCAAUGGUUAUUCCCAUUAUAUGCAAACAAUGGUAUGAAUUAUCAAGCAUAUGCAUUGGAUAGGAUUGAAUCGAAAUUAUUUAGAAAUGAUAUUGAUAUUGCAAAGAGAAUCAUUAAAUCCUAUGAAUUAAUGUUAAAUUUCUAUGGUAUUAGAUUAGUUAAUAAACAUACUGGUCAAUUGGAAAGAUCAAAAGAUUUACAGCAUUCAAAGAAACAAUUCAAUAAUUUAUCAAAUAAUUCUCAUAAUAAUUUACGUAUUAGUAGAAUCAUCACUUUCUUAGGUUUAGUUGGUUUUAAAAGAUAUAAAAAACCUUUAGUAGAUUUCUUAAAAUAUCAUAUUAAUAAUGGUAAUUUAUCAAUUUCAAAAUAUAGUAUAAAAAAUUAUUGGGAACCUUUAAUUGAUUAUUCAAAAUCAAAUUCAAAAUGGUAUUUUGAAAAUACAUUAGAGAAUGAUAAUGAUAAUGAAGAAUCAAUUUAUUUUCAUUAUAUUCAUGAUAUUGAAAGAGCAGAGAAUCAAGAGAAACAAAAGAAUGAAGAGAAAGAUAAAACAGAGAGUGUAGAGGAAGAAUAUGAUAUAAAUGACGAUGAUGAUGAUGGGACAGAUAUUGAAGAUUGUAGUAAAAAAAUUUUUAAUGAUAAAUAUAGUUUACAUCAAAAUAAUUAUUUAUAUAAUUAG